CUUAAUCCUCCUGCCUUGUUUGUUUGAUGCUGCCUCACUCCAGUGCAAGUCAAUAAAACUUUGAGCACCGACACACACAACUUCCAGCACCCUCCAAGCUGGCCCAAAAUGGGGAUUAGCAAAGCUGCCUUUCUCCUUCUGCUCUUUCUCAGCUCAGUGCAAGGAAGUGUUCUAGACCGCUAUGUGAGAACAGAGGGAGCUUGGUUGCUCAACCCAAUGAAACAAGUUUAUAGAGCAAAUAGUGAUGAAGAAUGUGCAGAGAAAUGUGAAACUGAAGAAAAGUUUGCUUGCAGGGCCUUCUUAUUUACCAGUAAAGACCAGAAGUGUUUAACAUUGACAGAGAACACCAAAACAGCAAUGAUAUUCAGAAGAGCAAAUGCAGUUCUUUAUGAAAAAAGAAUAGAGUGCAUGCACUGCAGUGGAGAAAACUACCAUGGAGUAGUUGCAACAACAACGUCUGGGCUUGAGUGCCAGCGCUGGGACUCCCAGAAACCUCACUCCCAUGGAUACCGUCCCGAAAAUUUUCCAGACAAGGAUCUGAGAAAUAAUUAUUGCCGUAAUCCUGAUGGAGAACCUCGGCCCUGGUGUUUCACUACCAGUCUCACGACACGCUGGGAAUAUUGUGACAUUCCUCGUUGCACAACACCCCCACCACCUCCUGCACCAGGACGCCAGUGUCUCUCAGGGAGAGGAGAAGACUACCGAGGCACAAUAUCUGUUACUGAAUCAGGAAAUACCUGCCAGCACUGGAGCUCUCAGUCUCCCCACGGACAUGCUCGCACUCCUGAAAACUAUCCCUGCCAGGGCCUAGAUGAAAACUACUGCAGAAACCCUGAUGGUGAGAAGAGGCCAUGGUGUUACACCACCAACACAACUGCCCGGUGGGAAUAUUGCAACAUCCCCUCCUGUGACAGUGCCAAGCCAGAGGCCCCUGUAGAGUGCAUGCACUGCAGUGGAGAAAACUACCAUGGAGUAGUUGCAACCACAACAUCUGGGCUUGAGUGCCAGCGCUGGGACUCCCAGCAACCUCACUCCCAUGGAUACCGUCCCGAAAAUUUUCCAGACAAGGAUCUGAGAAAUAAUUAUUGUCGUAAUCCUGAUGGACAACCUCGGCCCUGGUGUUUCACUACCAGUCCAACUACACGCUGGGAAUAUUGUGACAUUCCUCGUUGCACAACACCCCCACCACCUCCUGCACCAGGACGCCAGUGUCUCUCAGGGAGAGGAGAAGACUACCGAGGCACAAUAUCUGUUACUGAAUCAGGAAAUACCUGCCAGCACUGGAGCUCUCAGUCUCCCCACGGACAUGCUCGAACUCCUGAAAACUAUCCCUGCCAGGGCCUAGAUGAAAACUACUGCAGAAACCCUGAUGGUGAGAAGAGGCCAUGGUGUUACACCACCAACACAACUGCCCGGUGGGAAUAUUGCAACAUCCCCUCCUGUGACAGUGCCAAGCCAGAGGCCCCUGUAGAGUGCAUGCACUGCAGUGGAGAAAACUACCAUGGAGUAGUUGCAACAACAACGUCUGGGCUUGAGUGCCAGCGCUGGGACUCCCAGAAACCUCACUCCCAUGGAUACCGUCCCGAAAAUUUUCCAGACAAGGAUCUGAGAAAUAAUUAUUGUCGUAAUCCUGAUGGAGAACCUCGGCCCUGGUGUUUCACUACCAGUCCAACUACACGCUGGGAAUAUUGUGACAUUCCUCGUUGCACAACACCCCCACCACCUCCUGCACCAGGACGCCAGUGUCUCUCAGGGAGAGGAGAAGACUACCGAGGCACAAUAUCUGUUACUGAAUCAGGAAAUACCUGCCAGCACUGGAGCUCUCAGUCUCCCCACGGACAUGCUCGAACUCCUGAAAACUAUCCCUGCCAGGGCCUAGAUGAAAACUACUGCAGAAACCCUGAUGGUGAGAAGAGGCCAUGGUGUUACACCACCAACACAACUGCCCGGUGGGAAUAUUGCAACAUCCCCUCCUGUGACAGUGCCAAGCCAGAGGCCCCUGUGCAAGGAAGCAUUCUAGACCGCUAUGUGAGAACAGAGGGAGCUUGGUUGCUCAACCCAAUGAAACAAGUUUAUAGAGCAAAUAGUGAUGAAGAAUGUGCAGAGAAAUGUGAAACUGAAGAAAAGUUUGCUUGCAGGGCCUUCUUAUUUACCAGCAAAGACCAGCAGUGUUUAACAUUGAAAGAGAACACCAAAACAGCAAUGAUAUUCAGAAGAGCAAAUGCAGUUCUUUAUGAAAAAAGAAUAUAUCUUCUAGAAUGCAAGGAGGGAAAAGGAGUGGAUUACAGAGGAACAGAAGCCAAAACUCAGAAAGGUGUGAAGUGCCAGAAGUGGGCUGAUAAUGCCCCACAUAAACCAAAUUACACGCCUGAAAAAUAUCCCAAGGCAGGACUGGAGGAAAACUACUGCAGAAAUCCUGACAAGGAUGAAAAGGGACCCUGGUGUUACACAACAGAUCCUGAUACCAGAUUUGACUACUGUAACAUCCCUGAGUGUGAAGUAGAGUGCAUGCACUGCAGUGGAGAAAACUACCAUGGAGUAGUUGCAACAACAAUGUCUGGGCUUGAGUGCCAGCGCUGGGACUCCCAGCAACCUCACUCCCAUGGAUACCUCCCUGAAAAUUUUCCAGAGAAGGAUCUGAAGAAUAAUUAUUGUCGUAAUCCUGAUGGAGAACCUCGGCCCUGGUGUUUCACUACCAGUCCAACUAAACGCUGGGAAUAUUGUGACAUUCCUCGUUGCACAACACCCCCACCACCUCCUGCACCAGGACGCCAGUGUCUCUCAGGGAGAGGAGAAGACUACCGAGGCACAAUAUCUGUUACUGAAUCAGGAAAUACCUGCCAGCACUGGAGCUCUCAGUCUCCCCACAGACACGCUCGCACUCCUGAAAACUAUCCCUGCCAGGGCCUAGAUGAAAACUACUGCAGAAACCCUGAUGGUGAGAAGAGGCCAUGGUGUUACACCACCAACACAACUGCCCGGUGGGAAUAUUGCAACAUCCCCUCCUGUGACAGUGCCAAGCCAGAGGCCCCUGCUGUUGAUGUGCCUGAGCAGGCUGAAGUUACUGAGGAGUGCUAUCAGGGCAAUGGGGUGACUUACCGUGGUACAGCUUCUUUCACUCGCUCGGGAAAGAAAUGCCAAGCCUGGAGCUCAAUGUCGCCGCACCGGCACAACAAAACGGCCGAGAACUUCCCAAAUGCGGGCCUGAGCCAAAAUUACUGCAGAAACCCGGAUGCCGACAGCCGUCCAUGGUGCUACACCACCGACCCCAGUGUGAGGUGGGAGUAUUGUGACCUGAAGAAAUGUGAUGACCAGGGACUACAGACUGUACCUAAGCCUCCUCAGACAACAGAGGAAACAAACCCUGAGUGCAUUAUUGAAAAUGGUGUAGACUACCGAGGCACAGUGGCAAAAACUGCAAGGGGCAGGACUUGUCAAGAGUGGAGCUCUCAGAGACCUCACAGCCACGACUAUUUCACUCCCACAACUCAUCCAAGAGCAGGCCUGGAAAAAAAUUAUUGCAGGAAUCCUGAUGGAGAUGUGAAUGGACCUUGGUGCUACACAACAGACCCGAGAAAAGCCUGGGAGUACUGUGACAUUCCCAAGUGCCCUCCUCCUCAGUAUGAAUGUGGGAAAUCCAAGUUCAGACCAAAAUUGUGUGCUCAGAGGAUUGUUGCAGGGUGUGUUUCACACCCACACUCCUGGCCCUGGCAGAUCAGUCUCCGUACCAGUUAUGGCUUGCAUUUCUGUGGGGGAACUCUGAUAGAUCCUCAAUGGGUUCUUACUGCUGCCCACUGCUUAGAAAAGUCCUCACGACCAGCUGCAUAUAAAGUGUACCUUGGAUUACACAGAGAAAUAGCAACAGAGCCAUCAGUACAAAUACGUGAUGUAGAGAAGUUGUUCAAGGAGCCACGCAGAGCAGAUAUUGCUCUGCUCAAACUGAGCAGACCAGCAGUCAUUAAUAAUCAUGUAAUCCCAGUUUGUUUACCAAAAGAAAACUCUGUGUUAGGAGGAAGAGAGGAGUGCUAUGUGACAGGCUGGGGGGAUACAAGAGGUACUUCUGGUGAGGGCUACUUAAAGGAAACUGGCUUUCCUGUAAUCGAGAAUAAAAUAUGCAACCGCCCUGAAUUCUUGAACGGUAGAGUUAAAAAGCAUGAGCUCUGUGCUGGGAAUAUUCAUGGUGGCACAGAUACCUGCCAGGGGGACAGUGGAGGACCUCUAGUCUGUCUGGACCAAGAUAAAUUUGUCCAACAUGGAGUCACCUCUUGGGGCCUUGGCUGUGCCCAACCCAUGAAACCUGGUGUUUAUGUUCGAGUCUCCAACUACAUUCCUUGGAUUAAAAGUGUGAUGGAAAGCAACUGAUCCUGGGUAUGGACUGCCCUCUCCUGGAAAGCAGCAUGCACGUCAGAAAUACAAGAUUCCAAGUGCAAUAUUAAAGCUACAAUCAUUCAUGAGAAAGCAAAAUAAAUAUGAUCGUCCUUUUUAAA